AUGGGGAGACCCAUGAUAUGGAAUCGCAAGGCUUUAUUGCCAUUGCGUCGAUACGGCACAAGUACAAGUAUAGCUCAUCCGCCAAUCGUUAGAAUUGACAAUGGCACAUUCUGUCGUCAUCAUCCUAAUUCUCACCAUGUCGUCGGACAUACGAAUCCUCCUCUAUUCGAGAAAUUAAAAUUUGAAAUACCUUCAUUUUCGGAGAGAGAGAAACAUUGGGCUAUACUUGGAGCUUCAUCGUCUGGGAAAACUACAUUAUUGCAGAUUUUACGAGGAGGCCUUUUGUGUAUUCCUGCGAAUGCGCGAUCGUACCCAUACCUUAGCAGCGAUGCUAUUGCGGCGAAGAAUUCUAAACUACGAACUCCGAGUCAGGCGAUCAAAUAUGUGGGAUUUGAUGGGGAACAAGGAUUGGGGAAACAGGCUCCUAAAAGUGCAUAUUUGAGUGCGAGAUAUGAAUCGAGGAGAGAGGAUACAGAUUUUAGUGUAUGGGAUUAUUUACGAGGAAAUACGGAACUUAAUCCUUCUACAAAGAUCGAUAAUAGUGUUUUGGAUGAUGAAACACUUGCACGUGUUAUAAAAGAUUUGAAGCUGGAGGAAUUAUUGAAUAUGCCAGUAUCGAAUUUGAGUAAUGGUCAAACGAGACGAUCAAGGAUUGCAAGAGCAUUGUUGGAGAAUCCAGAGGUUUUGUUAUUAGAUGAACCUUUUAUGGGAUUGGAUCCUCCUACAUUGUUGACUUUGAGUCCAAUGUUACACCGAUUGGCUAAGGCGAAUACUCCAAGACUUGUGUUGUCUUUAAGACCUCAGGAUCCUAUACCGCAUUGGGUUACGGAUUUGGUGUAUUUGAAAGGGAAUUGUGAAGUUGCUUUCUUAGGGCCGAAGGAUGAUGUUUUGAGUCAAUUGAGAGAACAUGUUAGGAGAAGUGAAAAUGGGAGGGAUGAUUUUAAUCUUCAUUUGACUCCGUCAUCUUUGAAAGAGAUCGGCCGGAAAUUGACUUUGGAUGGGAUUGAACAACCUCAAUAUGGAGAAAAGUUGUUUACCGGCAAUUCGGCUUCCAUUAAAGAGAGAAUUCCAGAGAAGACAGGUCCACUAAGUCGAGAUGGUUACCCCUUGAAUGAUGUUCAACCACUAGAGACAGGAGAGACAUUAAUAGAAAUGGAAGGUGCUCGGGUGGAGUAUGGAGAUAAAUCCGUACUUGGAAACUGGAUUGAAAAUGUAAAUGGUGUCAAGAAAGAUGGCUUAUGGUGGAAUGUCAAACGAGGUGAGAGAUGGGGUAUCUUUGGUCCAAAUGGUUCCGGAAAAACAACUCUUCUAUCUCUUAUAUGUUCCGAUCACCCUCAAACAUAUUCUCUUCCUAUCCGUCUAUUUGGUAAAUCUAGAUUACCAGAACCUGGUAAACCUGGAAUAUCGAUUUUUGAUCUUCAAUCGAGAAUAGGUCACUCAAGUCCGGAAAUUCAUAAUCAUAUUCCUCGGCAUUUAACUUUAAGGAAAGUUCUCGCCAAUGCAUGGGCAGAUACUUUUAUAGGUGUACCGAAAUUGAAUGAUAAUGCGAAAGAGCGCAUAGAUGCAGCUUUGAAAUGGUUUGAACAAGAUUUGAGACUAGGAGGAUCCACUGCUCAAAUUGGUCAUAAUGAUUCGACCAAAUGGGCCGAUGAUAUUUUAUUCCGUGAAAUGCCGUUUUCAUCACAAAGAGUAGCUCUUUUUCUCCGCGCCAUCAUCAAAGCACCAGAUCUCAUCAUUCUUGACGAAGCAUUCAGCGGUAUGGAUGAUGGUAUUCGCGAUCGAUGUCUUUUGUUCCUAGCUCAUGGCGAAGAAAAACAACUUGUCCAUGUCCAAGAAGGACAUUCUGCUAACACAACGGGCACAAAACCAUCUCAACUCAAAAUCAUUGAAUCAGAUAUCGCGAAAGAGGGAAAUGUAAAAAUUAAAGGAUUAAAUAAGAAUCAAGCACUUCUGUGUAUAAGUCAUGUGAGAGAAGAAAUACCAGGAAGUGUAAGGGAGUGGAUUUGUUUGCCGGAGGCUAAUACGGGGGAACCGGCAAGGUUUGGGAAGUUGGAUGGUCCGAUUGAGGGGGAUUGGAGGAGGUGGAAUGAGAUUUGGGGGUUGGUGGGGUAG